AUGCCUCUAGCAGAUAGAGUUGCACCUUCUACCACUGUGCUGGACAAUGAGGUCGACGGGGACCUUGCCGGGCUGGCAGAGCAAGUGGAUGCCUGCUUAGAGCUGCUGCAAGCAAAAACUGCAAGGCGGUUUCGGCUGGUGGUGGCGUUAAACGACGUGUCGGUGCUUGCUAGAGGGUGUCAGCGGUGGUUUAGCCUCCACCGCUCCACGUCUUCCUGCUCCGCCCUCACCAUUCGAUAUCGGCCGAUCCGAUUCACCGACAACUUGUCAACUGCUAUCAAUCGGAUGAGAGUUAAACGUUUCAUUGAAUUGAAAGAUCGCCUUAAAAAGGAGGACCUGAGCAUUCUAGUUUGCAGUAUCAGCAAUAAUAUCAAAGCAGUGGAGAAGGGUCGAUGGUACCAUGCUGCAUUAGAUUUAACAGGCCGCCUCCUAACUGUUUGCGGUUUCGCCUCUGAUACCGGGACUAGGCUGACCCCAUUCUCGUCACAGCUCUGGCUAGUGUGGUUCGUGCUUUUGAAACAGAUACAGCAGUUCGAUCUGCUGGAACGCGAAUUGGCCGCUUUUGAUAGGCUGGACAAUCCUGACAUCUACUUUGAACAUGCACCCAACCUAUAUCCCCGUCGUAAAGGGUUCAAUGAUCCCCUUCUCGUUGCGACUACUUCAUGCGGAGUUGCCGCACCAUUGGAAUCGAUGAUCAGCAACCUGGAAAAUGGCUACACCGAGGAUGAGAGUGAGAGCUAUCCAAACAAAGCCUACAAAAUCAGUGAGUGUCCUUACAAGUGUAAUCUGAACAUGCUCAUUGGUGAUAUGGGGACGUCAAUCUACCUUGUCAAUCAGGAUUAUCCCUCUGCGAUCGAAACUGUUGAUCAAAUGAUCGAUAAGCUGAAACCCUUGGGAGACCACAGGUUCCUCUACAGGACUUUGGGACGCAUAUACCUGGGGGUAUGA